AUGUCUGGUACUGCAAUCUCCCCUCCCUUCUCGACGGCUCGUCCCACGUCGAGCGAAAUCUCUACCGAAGAGGACUCGUCCAAACCUACUCAACCUCCACCCGUAAUAUCGCACAGCACCACAGAGUCCCACCGGCCCUCUGACGGAAAUACCGAGACCAAGCUAACAAGCUCUCAUGCCGCGACUCAGACAAGCUCCAGUGUACUUGAAACUUCAAUUCUCAGCAGCCUGGGCAGUUCCCACCCUUAUUCGUUCCCUACCGUGCCCACCGCGCCUUAUCCGUCGAGCAGCACCAUCACAGGCCCUCAUCCUUCAGAUGCUGGGGCCGGCGGUCUCAACAAGGCCAUCAUUGCUGGCGUAGUAGUCGGGGGCGUCGCAUUUGUUGCGGUUGUUGUUUUUGGCAUCUGGUUCUGGAGGAAGGUGAAAAAGCAGCAGGACGACGAUGAUAUCUCGAUGGUGGGAAUGCCCAGGACUGAGGACGUGCCAAUGGGGAUGCGAAAUGGCAUAAGACUUGUGAGGGGCAAUACGGAUCGGAUCUGA